GCAGAGUCCCCUCUCGUAAUUCCCCCCUCUCGCGCUGCCCGAACCCGCAUCGGGCAGCACCUGCAACAACAACCCGCUUCAAACUGUUUCACCUCUCCGAAACAGAGGAGAGAGAAAGUUAGAGAGAGAAAGCUCCUCACGCUAUAAAUACCCUCGCGCUACCCCAGUUUCCACCUCGCAAACAUUUCUCUCGUUGAAAAUGCGCUUCGCGCAGCUCAGAGCGAAAAAGCAAAACCGCAUUUGUUUGCAUUUGUUUUAAUUUUCUUCGCUUAAGCGCUGUAGUAGGUGGUGUUGGUUGUUUGGUGCAUUUGAUUUUGAUUUGGAAUUGGAAGAAUGUGGAAGGUUGUGCGAUUCGCGGCGGCCAGAUCGCGGCGGUUCUCGACGGCGAUUCCCGGUCCAUGCAAGGUUCACAAGCGUGGCACUGAUAUCCUCCACGACCCUUGGUUCAACAAGGAUACUGGGUUUCCUUUAACUGAAAGGGAUCGAUUGGGGCUUCGGGGCCUGCUUCCUCCUCGUGUCAUUUCGUUUGAGCAUCAAUAUGAUCGGUUUAUGAAUUCAUAUAGAUCUUUGGAGAAGAAUACACAGGGCCAAUCAGAUAGAUUUGUUUCUUUAUCCAAAUGGAGGAUCUUAAAUAGAUUGCAUGACAGGAAUGAGACUCUAUAUUACAGAGUUCUUAUUGAUAACAUCAAAGAGUUUGCUCCAAUAAUCUAUACUCCUACAGUUGGGUUAGUGUGUGAAAAUUAUUCCGGGUUAUUUAGACGCCCGCGUGGAAUGUAUUUUAGUGCGAAAGAUAAAGGAGAGAUGAUGUCAAUGAUCUAUAACUGGCCAUCUGAUCAGGUAGACAUGAUUGUCUUGACAGAUGGUAGUCGUAUUCUUGGCUUGGGUGACCUUGGAGUUCAGGGCAUUGGAAUACCUAUAGGAAAACUUGACAUGUAUGUUGCUGCUGCUGGUAUCAACCCUCAAAAAAUACUUCCAGUUAUGUUAGAUGUUGGCACAAACAAUCAAAAGCUACUUGAGGAUCCCCUUUAUUUAGGAGUUCGGCAACCUAGGUUGGAAGGUGAAGAGUAUCUAUUGAUUGUGGAUGAAUUCAUGGAAGCUGUACACGCUCGAUGGCCAAAGGCUAUUGUGCAGUUUGAGGAUUUCCAAAUGAAGUGGGCUUUUGAAACCCUGAAACGAUAUCGAGAAAGGUUUUGCAUGUUUAAUGAUGAUAUACAGGGCACGGCUGGUGUUGCACUUGCUGGACUAUUGGGAACUGUUAGAUCUCAAGGUCAACCAUUGUCUGAUUUUUUGAAACAAAAGAUAGUCGUGGUUGGAGCUGGGAGUGCAGGGCUUGGUGUUCUCAGCAUGGCUGUCCAGGCUGUUUCAAGGAUGUCAGGGGGCAGUGGAACAGAUGCCAACAGUCAAUUUUUUUUAAUUGAUAAAGAUGGACUUGUCACGACAGAAAGGAGCAAUCUAGAUCCAGCUGCAGUUCCAUUUGCCAAAAAUCCAAGAGAUCUUGAAGGGCUUUCAGAGGGUGCUAGUAUAAUUGAAGUGGUUAAGAAGGUUAAGCCACAUGUGCUCCUUGGAUUGUCUGGAGUUGGUGGUGUUUUCAACACUGAGGUGCUUAAGGCAAUGAGAGAAUCUGUUUCAACAAAACCUGCUAUCUUUGCAAUGUCUAAUCCCACCAUGAAUGCUGAGUGCACUGCUAUUGAAGCUUUCAGUCAUGCAGGAGAAAAUAUAGUGUUUGCAAGUGGAAGCCCUUUUGAAAAUGUAGAUCUUGGAAAUGGAGAAGUUGGCCAUGUAAAUCAAGCCAACAACAUGUACCUGUUUCCAGGGAUUGGUUUGGGGACACUUUUAUCAGGUGCUCGUCAUAUAACAGAUGGAAUGUUGCGAGCAGCAGCCGAAUGCCUUGCUUCAUACAUGACAGAAGAUGAUGUCCGGAAAGGAAUCUUGUAUCCAUCCAUUGACUGUAUACGAGAUGUUACAGCAGAGGUUGGGGCUGCUGUUGUAUGUGCAGCAGUUGCAGAAAAGCAGGCUGAAGGACAUGGUGAUGUAGGGUUCAAAGAGCUAGAGAACAUGUCAAAAGAAGAAACUGUGGAGUAUGUCAGAGGCAAUAUGUGGUACCCUGAGUAUUGCCCUCUUGUUCAUGAAAAAUGAACUUUUAUGAAGGCUUUUUGCUAUUGAUAUCUCAGUUCCGCGCAACCAAGCCCUUUAAUAUUUUGAUUUCUAAUCUUUUAGCAAUUUAUGACUAGCAAGGUUUUGAUAGUUGAAGGUCAAUUGGUGAGAAGGGGAGAGAGAGAUAUCCUCAUUUGUUGCAGCCGUGAAUUGUAUGUGUAAUGCCGCCCUCCCUUUCUUUUAGUGUGUGUUUGGAUUAGCGUUUGUAGAAUUAAUUCGAGAUCAACAUGGUUUUAAGUAAAUGUGAUUUUAGAAUAACGUGAUUCGAGAAGCUUCAUAAGCAUUAUAGACAGUUGUUAAGUUCUGUUUCUCUCAAAUCAUGAAGUGCAUUAGGGUUCCUUUCCUUA